AUGUCUGGACUGGGCAUCGGCGCCGAGGAGGGCUCCUUCCAUGGAGCUGGACUGGACACCGUCGGUGUGAAUCUGAUGGUUGUGGUUGGUGCUCAUGACAUUUCAAGGCAGGAAAGCUCUGCUCGCAAGAUUGAUGUGAAAUAUUACCACAUACAUCCUGGGUAAACUAAGACAUUUCAGAACGACAUCAUGCUGUUGCAGGGUGCCACCAAAACAGGUGGAACUGCAAACCCACAUCUUCUGGAGGUGAAUGUCACCGUCAUAGACAGAGCCUCCUGCCAGAGAUCAUGGGGGAACACUGCCACCAUAACCCCGUCUAUGAUAUGUGCUGCUGUCUUCAUCAAACUCCACCACACGUGGAAACUUGUGGUCAAGACAACAAAGUAA